UCACGAGUGUGUGACGUCCAUUCGGCUCUGCUCGACCACCUGCAGCACAUCACCCAGACGCACCGGCUCCGCACACGCACCAACCUGCACACACACAUGACCCAUGUCAGGCCUCUCUCUGCGUCUGCGUACCAUCUUGACUGUCAUGGCUCCCGCAGCGCAGCCGAGCUUCAGACCGAGCUCCACAGAGCGGCCCCACACCCAGCCGAACAGAAAGCCCGCAUCGAAGGCAUCGCCCGCACCGGUGGCGUCCACAAUGGCCUCACUCGGUAAGGACACAGCCGGGCACCGAUACACACGAUAUGGCAAAGAACUGCACAGACAGACAGGCAGCAUGAGAGGGCAGACAGAGAGUGGCGGGGCGGGAUGGGUGUGUGUGGAUGUGUGUGCAUCAUCUUACCUGUCCUGUGUGUCUGGGUGUGUCUUUCGCUGUGCUGCGAUAGCGCCGCGGUCGCCCUGCUUCAUGACCACCAGGGGGACGCGGCGCACGAGCCAAUCGAGGGCGGCCAUGCGGUCAGACACAUCUGCACGCACUCAUGGUGUGGCUGAGUGGUGGAUGGGAUGUUGUUGUGUGUUGACUGACUGGCGUACUCGCGAUGCGCGUGGCCUCGGUCUCGUUGGGGAGGAAGCAGUCGAUCAGCGGCAGGACGUCACCCAUGCCGUCGAACCGAUCUGAACACACACACACACACCCAUCCAUCUCUGUGUGUGUGUGUGUGUGUGUGUUGGUGUCUAGCUAAAGGCGCACCCACCACCAGUACAUGUAUGUGUCUUGCCGUUCUCUGUAUGUUUCUGUGUGAGUGGCGCGAGUGCAGUGUGACAGAGACGCCUGGGACACAAAUCAUUCGAAUGCUUCGGUUGUCCGCAUUGGCUUUGACGACGAUCCCUUCACACAGUCUGGCAAUGACGACGGGCAUUACGGGAUGUCCCAU